UAGGUCUUCCUCGGUGCCCUUCAGCUAGCCGACGGAGUACGUCAUUCGUGCUCGAUAGAGUAUCGAGUUACCCUUGCGAUGCGGUGUGCGGCCGUCGAGGGAACCGGUCUGCACUCCCUAUGCCGGAUGCCGCGGUGAUAUUUCAGCGCGAAUCGUGAAAGCCGUGACAUGAAUCGCGAAAGUAUCCCAUUGCUCUGGAGGGACGCAAAUUCGGGAUUGUCGCUAUUCUUCGCGACCUUAUGUAUCGUCGAUGUAUUCGGCGUGUUCCCGAUCAUCGCUUUGCCGCGUGCGAUUGCCCAAUGUGGAUUAUAUGGGAUCCCAAUGGUGCUGAUUGUCUUCGGUUUGCAAAUUUACACGGCUACUUUGUUGGGAAAAUCAUGGAUCAUCGCCAAUAUUCUGGAUCCACAGAUAUUGCGGAAGAAUCGCUACCCUCUUGCCGCUGUGACGGAGUUAACGAUGGGCUCUCGCGCACGAUCUAUCGUCACUGUACUUUUGAAUUUGACAGUCUUCGGUUGCGGUAUUCCGAAUCUGCUGGUCGCUUCGCAGAACCUACAUCUAUUUGGAUUCAAAAUAUCAGGCCAGCAUUUUGAUCUCUCUUUUUGUUAUUGGCUACUGAUAGUCGGCGUUUUACUUUGCCCAUUAAUGUGGCUGGGCAGUCCGCGAGAUAUGAAAUGGGUGGCGACGUCCUCUAGUAUAGCUGUUGGUUUGACAGCGAUAUUAGUGUGGUGGAGUAUUAUAACUGAUGAUCGAAUGUCUAACGCCACGCCAAUAACCACUUCCCCGACGUGGGACAAAUUUAUAUCCGGUUACGGCAUGCUGGCCUUUCAGUUCGAUGUGCAUCCAACCUUAAUGACAAUACAGGUCGAUAUGCGUCAACCUCAAGAUAUCGACAAAGCCGUCCUCUUCUCUUUUCUAACGAGCGGAUCGUUGUUUGCCGUUACCGUUGGCCUGGCCGUGUGGAAGUACGGCGACAGCACGACUGCUAACAUUCUUGAAGUUGUGCCAUCAGGAUUGAUUGCAAAUAUCGCUGUGCUGUUGGCCGCUCUUCAGCUGUGUUUCUCCAGCGUGAUCGGUUACUCUGCACUUUUCCAACAUUUGGAGGAUCAGUGGAGUGUGCAGAGAACGUUUGGAUGGAAACGAUGCGCCAUGAGAUCGGCGGUGGUUCUCCUCAGCGUAGCUGUGGGCGAAUCAGUAUCACGAUUCGACAUCGUUAUGACCUUGAUUGGUGGAUCGUUGACCGGCUCAUUGGUAUUCGUGUUACCACCUUUGAUAUAUAGCCGAGCGUUAGCUUUGAAACAAAAAUCGACCCAGGCAGCGUUCACCGAAGAAAUUCAUUCUAGUUCACGUAGAAGAUUCAGUGGCGAAGAGCAAUGCUCAAUGGACUCUGAAGCUCAUUCGCGUUCGAUCUACUAUGGUUUCCUCAGUGCGACGAAUAAUCCUCGCAGAUAUACGUAUUUCUACUAUAAUGAUUUGAUGGACGAUGAGAUGGAUUCACGAUCCAACGAAUUUAUCGAUCAUCACGAAGACGAUUCUAGCAAAGAAGACACUCAGAUCCCUCUGACCAGCGCGCAUUCGGAACAUCGGCCACUCCUCGUCGAUGCCGCUGAACCGAGCAGAGAUCGGACUGUCAAGCUCACAGAUAAUCUACGAGAAGGAAAUACAGGGGAAACAAUACCGAAAAAGAGCGAAGGGAGAUCGCGCGAUAUCGAGAAGAUGGUUAACUGCUUCGGUUAUUUCAUUGUAGCAAUCGGUAUCGUGAUUACGAUGUCGUCAACGUACGUCAACGUCUUGAACACUAUACGUUACGUGCGUUUCACGCCACCGUGCAUCAUCAAUGCCACUGUGGGUCAAAUCUCCACAUCAUAAUCAUAAUUUUGGAAAGAAAUAAACAAAAUAUUUACACGCGAAAGCAAUUUUAUAGGAAAUAAUCGACUCGUGCAAUUUCUCUCCCUCUUUUUCUUUAAUGACUACGAUGUGGUUGUUAUCCCCUUUCUGUGU